AUGCAGACGUCAGGGCCCCUGCCUGUGUGCAGCUGGGACUCCCCCCCGAGCCAGCCCUGUGUACCCCUCCCCCCCCCCGCAGGAUGGGAGGGCAGCGCCCCCACAGGCUGCCGUGCACUGCAGCUGUGGGUGUUCUGGGCCGGGGGCACGCCCGGGUGGGGAGCUGACGGGGCCCUCUCUUGCAGCUUCCUCAUCGUGCUGGUCUGCCUCAUCUUCAGCGUGCUGUCCACCAUCGCAUACGCCGCGCUGGCCACCGGCACCCUCUUCUGGAUGGAAAUCGUCCUGGUGGUCUUUUUCGGGACGGAGUACGUGGUCCGCCUCUGGGCAGCCGGCUGCCGCAGCAAGUAUGUGGGCAUCUGGGGCCGGCUGCGCUUCGCCCGGAAGCCCAUCUCCAUCAUCGACCUCAUCGUGGUGGUGGCCUCCAUGGUGGUUCUCUGCGUGGGCUCCAAAGGGCAGGUGUUCGCCACGUCGGCCAUCAGGGGCAUCCGGUUCCUGCAGAUCCUGAGGAUGCUGCACGUCGACCGCCAGGGAGGCACCUGGAGGCUCCUGGGCUCGGUAGUCUUCAUCCACCGCCAGGAGCUGAUCACCACCCUGUACAUCGGCUUCCUGGGCCUCAUCUUCUCCUCCUACUUCGUGUAUCUGGCUGAGAAGGACGCAGUCAACGAGUCGGGCCGCAUCGAGUUCGGCAGCUACGCGGAUGCCCUGUGGUGGGGGGUGGUCACGGUCACCACCAUCGGCUACGGGGACAAGGUGCCCCAGACGUGGAUCGGCAAGACCAUCGCCUCCUGCUUCUCCGUCUUCGCCAUCUCCUUCUUCGCACUCCCUGCGGGGAUCCUCGGCUCCGGCUUUGCCCUGAAGGUGCAGCAGAAGCAGCGGCAGAAGCACUUCAACCGGCAGAUCCCCGCGGCUGCCUCGCUCAUCCAGACGGCGUGGAGGUGCUAUGCGGCCGAGAACCCUGAGUCUGCCACCUGGAAUAUCUACGUCCGCAAGCCCCCCCGGAGCCCCGUGCUGCUGUCCCCCAGCCCCAAGCCCAAGAAGUCUGUCAUGGUCAAGAAGAAAAAGCUCAAGUUAGACAAGGAUGGCGGCGCGAGCCCCGGGGAGAAGACGCUGGUGGUUCCGCACAUCACCUACGAGCCCGCCCCGGACCCCGGACCCCUCGACGGCUACGACAGCACCGUGAAGAGGAGCCCGACACUGCUGGACGUGAGCCCGGCCCACUUCCUGCGGACCAACAGCUUCACCGACGACCUGGACCUGGAGGGGGAGACGCUGCUGGCCCCCAUCACCCACGUCUCACAGCUGCGGGAGCACCACCGCGCCACUGUCAAGGUCAUCCGGCGCAUGCAGUACUUCGUGGCCAAGAAGCGCUUCCAGCAAGCGCGGAAGCCCUACGACGUGAGGGACGUCAUCGAGCAGUACUCCCAGGGCCACCUCAACCUCAUGGUGCGCAUCAAGGAGCUGCAGAGGAGGCUGGACCAGUCCAUCGGGAAGCCUUCCCUGUUCGUCUCCGCCUCAGAAAAGAACAAAGACCGAGGGAACAACACGAUCGGCGCCCGCCUGAACCGGGUGGAAGACAAGGUGACACGACUGGACCAGCGGCUCGUGCUCAUCGCCGACAUGCUGCACCAGCUCCUGGCCCUGCACCGCGGGGGCGUCCCCGGCAGCGGCAGCUCAGCGGCCCAGCCUGGCGGUGGCCCCAUCAACCCCGAGCUCUUCCUGCCCAGUGGCUCCCUGCCCACCUACGAGCAGCUGACCGUGCCUGACGGGGGCACCGAAGAGGGGUCCUGAUGGGGGGGCCGGGCCCGACGGGGAGACAUGGGGCAGCCCUGCCCGGCCCACCCCACCUCCUGCUCAGCCUUGGCCCCUCCCCAAAGGCCCCGAGGACACGGUCCCCCGGACUCCCCUGUGGGCAGAGCCCAGGCUUAGGGUGGGCCAAGGCCACCUCCACCCUGCCAGCGGGGACUUAAAGUUGGCUGGGUGUGGGGGCCCCUCUCAGGUCCGAGGCUGUCACCUCUGGGACCCCAGCCCCCCACAUCCUGGGCUGCCCGUGACCAUGCACAGGGGUCAGAGCACAGUGGCUGGGGUUGGGCUGGCCUCCCUGGGCCGGGGACUUGGGGUCCGUCCCGUGUGUGGCAGGGAAGUCAGAUUGCAGAGAGAUGGGGGGGGGCCGGGGCAGGGUCUGUGGGGACACCCCACCCCCCAAAACUUGAGUUCUGGGCCCAGCGGACCUGGGGAGGAGGCAGGCAGGCAGGCCUGUGCGGGCGGAUGUGGGUCCCCAGUGAAGGCCCGUGCACCCCCACAGUGGGACCCAGGCCUGGCCUGGGGCCCCUCCCUGCUCUCAGGAGGUGCUGACCCCUGGGGGGUGGGGGCCUGUGGAAGGGGGUGGGCUUGUCCCCACUCGGGGGGCAGCUUCUUCACCCCAUCCAGGAGUGCAGAGCUGGGGCCCCUGAACCCCUACUCUGCCUACAGCCCCCACCUGUCAAGUCUGAGCAGACAGACGGACGCACAGACAGGCCGACAGAUGGGCGCUGUCACACCCCUCGGCCGGCAGCUGAGCCAGGGGUCUUUUGCGGGUGUCAGAACCCCCACCCAGGGCAGGGGCUCCUUCUGGAAUCGGGUCUCGCAGAAACCAGGUGAUCUUGCAGUGAUUUGGGAUCUGUCUAAUGAGUUUCACGGUGUGGUGUUGAUUAUGGCGCCGGGUUUUCCUAAUAAACGUGGAGAAUCGA